AUGGCCGGAAAGAAUUUGGCUACUACUUUUACUCAUGUCAUUAAGCUAGACGAACAUGAUAACUCAGAGGUCAAACGAUCCGUUCUGGACCGCACUGAGGCGAAAUAUAACCGGAUUCUGAACAUUUUCGACCUGUUCCUCAAACUGCAUCCUAGGGCAUCCCCCUUGCCCGACAUCAAAUCCUUCAAAGGAUUCAUGGAGUUCAUGGCUAAGAAUCUGAAGGGUCAGAUCGAGGAAAAUGCAACAGUUGGGACUGUUGACAGUUACCACCGAGAAUUUGUAACUGCACUGUCACGGUAA